CUCACAUUGUCUUUUGAGUGUGUUCUUUACAGUGUGUUAGCAGAAAUGCAGUUUAGACUAAUUGUGACUGCAUCAAGGGCAGACUAAUUAAAGCUUUUUAAAAAUUUCUAAAAGGACUAAUUUCAGUAAGGCACAACGUUCUGAAAUCAAUAUCUGACAGCAGAGUAGUGAACUGAAAAUGGAGGUCCGUGUAACACAGAUCUGGGGAUUUUUUCUGACUGCACUGGGCUGGAUUUUCAUUGCUUGUUCUUUAGCCAUGGAGGGCUGGAAAGUGGCUGCUGUUGGUGGCCAGGGUGGCAGCUCUGUUGUCUACAUUACAUGGUAUUGGUCCAGUCUGUGGCGGACCUGCUCCACUGCCUCUAAUGCUGUCUCCAACUGCUAUGACUUUCCUAUGCUCUGGUCGGUGGAAAAUCAUGUCCAGAUUGUGAGGGCACUACUAAUGGGUGCAGUAUCCAUUGGCAUGCUGGGGUUUGUUCUGAGCUUAGUAGGGAUGGAAUGCACUUACAUAGGAGGCAAGCAGAAGGAGAAGAACAGAGCCAUCUUCAUUGGAAGCCUCUGUCAUACAACCAGUGGUUUAUUAGCUGCGGCAGGGUAUGCAGUCUAUGCUCGCAACAUUACAGCAGAAUUCUUCAACCCUAAUUUUGAAUUAAAGUUUGAUCUGGGCACACCAUUGUUUGUUGGAUGGGCUGGGUGUAUAUUUCAAUUCACAGGAGGGCUCUUGUAUAUGGUUUCAGUUUAUAAGCUCUGGUCUCUCGACAGGAGGACAAGUGAGGAUAUAGUUUCUGCUGAAGAAGCUGUAGCCCUGCCUUCCAUCCCGACAAAUAUCUCCAUCUCCUCUGAGCCGACCUCCAGAUCCAAAGUGUCCUCUGUAUUUGAGCUCUCCUUAAAGUCAACUUCCCCUGCAUCUAGUGUCUCACAUAAGUCUCACCAUCUUUCCAAAGCCUGAUUCUUUACUCACACAGAUAUUUAUUUAAUGUACUUUGUUUAUAUUGUUUUAGAGAGGUUUCAGUUUUCUUAUGUCUAUACUUUUAUUGAAUUAAUAGAAUCAUUUUACUGAAUCCAAUGCUUAAUUUAAAUGUGUUCAUAAAUUUGUGGAACUAAAAUUGACAGAAUAAGCCUGGCUUAUCAAGGUAAUUUGCUUUGUACAAUACCCCCCACCAACAACCCCCAAAACACACUCAUGAUGACCUUAUUGAGUUGUGUUUCUGUUUGUUUUGUGGUUAUUGAAUGUUUGAACAAAUAAAAG